AUGAGUUCUACCGCCGAGUACAAGAUUGACUUCACGACUUUCCAAAACGUGAUCAACAAUAAGCUCACCUCAACGGCAGGGACCAGACAUGGCGUAAACCCCAGCACGGAGGAAAAGCUCCCCGAGGUGCCUGUCUCCGGCCAGGAGGAGGUCGACCAGGCCGUGACAGCCGCCAGGGCGGCAUUCCCAGCAUGGCGUUCCAAGUCCUGGGAUGAGCGUAGCGCCCUUGUCCAGAAGCUCGCGGACGCGAUCGAGGCAAACCACGAUGAGAUCCGUGACCUCCUGGUGAACGAGUCGGGCAAGGCAUUCUCCACGGCCAACAUGGAGAUGCAGUUCGCCAUCGGGCACCUGCGCGUGACCUCUGGGCUCCGGAUACCAGAUGAGACCGUCGAGGACACGGCUGAGCGCACGGCAGUGGUCCGGUACCGGCCCCUCGGCGUCGGCUGCGCGAUUGUCCCCUGGAACUGGCCCCUGCUCCUGGGGGUGGGCAAGAUCGGGCCUGGUGUCAUGGCCGGCAACUCGAUCAUCGUGAAGCCCUCGCCCUUCGCUCCGUACACCCUCAUCAAGGUCGCCGAGCUGGCCGCCAGGAUCUUCCCUCCCGGCGUCAUCCAGGUGCUCAGCGGUGACGAGAGCCUGGGCCCGCGGCUCACGCUGCACCCUGGCAUCAACAAGGUCAGCUUCACUGGAAGCACAGCCACCGGCAAGAAGGUGGCGGAGGCCUGUGCGAAGACUGUCAAGAGGCUCACGCUCGAGCUGGGUGGAAACGACGCGGCGAUUGUGUGCGAUGACGCCGAUCUUGCCAAGGUCGUGCCAAAGGUUAGCACACUUGCCCUCAUCAGUUCCGGCCAGAUCUGCAUGAACGUCAAGCGGAUAUAUGUCCACGAGAAAAUCUAUGAUGACUUCCUGAAGGCCAUGGUGGACUUCAUCAGCAACAACCUGAAGUCCGGACCGGCGGCAGACCCCAACACGGGCGUCGGCCCUGUCCAGAACAGCAUGCAGUAUGCCAAGGUUCUCAACCUGUUCGAGGCGGCCGACAAGGAAGGGUGGAAGAUCGCCACCGGCGGCCUCAAGGAGAAGAAGGAGGGCAAGGGCUUCAUCCUGCCCCCCACCAUCAUCGACGACCCGGCCGAGGGCUCGCGCUUCGAGGCCGAGGAGCCCUUCGGACCGAUCCUGCCCGUCAUGCGGUGGUCCAACGAGGCUGACGUGGUCCGCCGCGCCAACGGGUUCGACUCGGGGCUCGGUGCCUCUGUGUGGAGCAGCGACAUUGCCAAGGCGACCAAGAUUGCCGACCAGCUGGAGGCCGGUAGCGUGUGGGUGAACACUCACUUCGAGGUUGGGCCGCACAUGCCUUUUGGUGGCCACAAGCAGGCUGGUCUGGGGAUGGAAUGGGGUGUUGUUGGCCUGAAGGGGUGGUGCAACCCUCAGGCAUUCUGGACCAGGAAGGACUAA